UCAAGUUCUGAACAUUUUCUCACCACUUACCUAAUUUUCACAACUUAUUGCUAUUCUAAGGAGAACAAAAUAUGGGUGUUAAAGGAAAGUUGAUUGCUUCAAUGCAGGUGAAGUGUGAAGGGCACUCUGUUUAUGAUAUUUUUCACGUUAAUACUCAUCUUAUACCCAACAUAAGCCCUGGUAAAUUUAAUCAUUUUGAGAUUCAUGAAGGUGAAAUAGGAAAGGUUGGUUUGUUUGCUAGCAAGAAAUAUAACGAAGAUGGAAGAGAGAUGUUUAUGAAGCAUAGAAUUGAAGCCACCGAUCCUCAGAAGAAAUCAGGCACUUGGAAAGUAAUUGAAGGAGAUUUAUUAGAAUUAUAUAAUUCCUUUACUAUUAGCAUAUCUAUUGAAGACCAGUGGACUACAUGGACAUUUGUGUACGAGAAGAAAACUGAAGAUACUCCUGAGCCCCUUGCUUUUAUGGGUGUACUCCUUGAUAUCACGAAAGAUGUAGAGGGUCACCUUCUCAAGAAAUAGAAUAUAUAUAUAUAUAUAUAUAUAUAUAUAGUGUGUGUGUGUGCGCGUGUGUGCUUGUGUUGUGUGAUGACUAUUUGGCAAUAUUGGCUCGUUCUAGCCAGCCAGCAUGUGAAAUAAAUAAUGUUGUGUGAUGUAAGACAGUCUCCUUCUAUUGAUGAAUAGUAUUUGUAAAAGAUAUUGUGGAA